AUGCGAAGCGUCAUUGCCGUUUCCCCCGUGGCGGCCCUUCUGGCCACCCUUUUCCUGCUGCUGCGCGUCGCCUCCGCUGUGCCAGUUACCACCGAGCUGGUCCCUAUCGCCGCACCCGAGGGCAACGAGCUUGCCAUACGGGCCCCUACCCAAAAGAACAAAGAAGUGAUCUCGGUCCCGUUCUACGUCGCCAAGAUCAAGGAGCUGAAUAUCGCCGCGGGCAAGACCUGCCUGUUCUACUACCGCCUGAGCGGCGUAAAGGGCGAAGAUACUGCUCGUAAGUGGUACAAGGAUAACGUGCCCGCGAAAAAGGGCUUCCUUGGCCUUAAGUCGACGAAGAAGGACCCCGUCACCUACAGGAAUGCUGGCGACAAGUUGUUUACCUACCGCAAUAACAUGCCCAAGAUGGUGUCCACGCCUCCGAACAUGAUGAAUGAUAAGACUGCCGGUAAUGAGAUCACAUCUGACUGGCUCGCCAGCGGUCUCGUCUCCCAGGCCCUGGCUGAGAGUUGCGAAGGCGAUGUCUACUUCUUCACGACAGAGGACACAAAUUGGAAGGAGGAGUACCCAUAUAGCUCCCCCCAAAGCAACUUCUGGUGGGACUUUGAGUGGCCCGCUCUCUUAAAGAACAGCAAAGUCAGCAACAUCUACCAGAUUGAUCCCAAGACCAAGGAGGUCCCUAAGGAACCUAUCUACACGAAUGGAAAGGUGGCCAACAAGGAGUACCAACCCGACAAGAACCGUCCCCUCGCGACUGGCUGGGAAUACGACCCCAACAAGACCGAGACUGGUGCUCAGCCUGCCACCACCACCAAGGGUGGCGAUGCAACUCAGACCAACCCCGGUACCCAGCCUACCGGCAAAAAUGGCAACAAUGGCAACAAUGGCAACAAUGGCAACAAUGGCAACAAUGGCAACAAUGGCAACAAUGGCAGUGGCAGCAGCAGCCGCGGCGGAAAGAAAAGCGGCCACAAGAACUAG